AUGACCACUCAGGCUCCCUUGGGUGAUGUCCCCUCGACAGUAGUGCCAGAAGCUGAGGAGAAAGUCGUGGAUAUUACGAAUCUCAAACUGACCGACGAUCCGCUCUGCAAUUCCGAAGAUCUCAGAAAGCUCAUGCUUGAUAAUAUCGACGAUAAUUUGAACAGUUCAAAGCGAUUAAUUCAACUCGCUGCUGAAGCUCAGUUUGGAGGCAGAUUCGAUGUUAUUUGCGCCAAUGGAGAUUUCAGUUACGUAACGAACACAGAGCUGUUCUGCCAAGAAACUAAAGGUGAUAUCUCAUGCUAUACCUAUCGACAAUUAUAA